AUUUUCUGUCAGUCAAUCCUGAUCGAUUAAAUGAAUUUUUAACAGAAGCAGUUAUCCCUAUCGAAUCAUGUCUAACUAUCGAUUUAUCUUCAUCCCAACUCUCAGCUGAAAUGUCAACUUGAAGUGGACCUAACCUAAUAAACAUGUGCUCGAUGUAAACAAAAAUAUACAUGUGCAUUAUUUAAGGAGUUUAAUCAUUUAUUAGUUUAGUGUACGGUGUACGUUAAAAUAGAACAGAAAAAAGAAAAUGGAUGAUUUGGAAAGUGAUCCAGGCUCAGAAAGCGGAUUUUCUGAUAAUUCCACUGACGUGUCUAUCAAGAAGAAGAAAGUUCCAAAGAAGAGGGCAUAUGAAGAUAUUCCAAGCAGAGCGCCGCCAACGAAAAAGGGAAAAAACGAUCUAUAUCGCCCUCCUACAGUUGAAGAGCUUAAUACGCUCAAGGAAACUGAGAAUUUGUAUAACAACAAUCUAUUUCGACUCCAAAUCCAAGAGCUUAUUGCUGAAGUAGAGAUUAAGAAUAAGAGGAAAAAGGCUUUGUCCAUAUGGUUAGAGGCAUUUGAAAGAUUUGUUUCAAACUUAUCUGAAUAUGAAUUUAAGUUAUCUCAUAUAAAUGAUAUAAAAAAGAGUAGGUCAGCUGAAGAUAAAUUGAAAAAGAGGCUCUUCCAGUACAAAUGCCCAUUAGAAACUGAUCAAGAUGUUACAUUGAAAUUUACUAAGCCUGAUAUGGUCCAAAAGUUUGGUUUGUAUGAAAUCAACAGUCUUCCUGGUCCAAAUUUAUCAAUCUAUUUGAAUCUAGUUAUGCCGAAGGAAUGCUUCCAAACAAAGGAUUUUUUGAAUAAUCGUUACCUGGUGAAGAGGUAUUAUUAUCUCUUAUACAUUGCAGAAAGUCUUAGAGUUGCAGAGCUCGAUACGCACAUUGCCCUGGACUUCCAUAGAUCUAAUCAUUUACAGCCUAUUUUGCAAGUAAAGCUGAAAAAAUGUGAUAGAGUAUGUGUAUACAUCUAUGCAACUCCAACACAAGAAACAUUUAAGUGUACUAGAUUUAUACCUGAUCAAAACAACCUUAAAAUAGAUGUGUUUAAAAUGGGUAUUGAAGAUAAUGUUUUGAAAGAAGCACCUACAAUAUUUUACAAUGCCUCUUUAGCCUAUGAUGUUUCUUUAAGACAGAAUACUGAGUAUGUAAGUGCUAGUUUAAUUGAACAUCCUAAUGUACAAGAGGCUAUCAAAUUACUGUAUAUUUGGAUGACACAAAGAGAAUUUGAUAUUGGAUUUGGAUCACUUUGUGAGGAUUUGAUUAUAUAUAUAGUCACAUAUUUACUCUCCAAAAAGAAAAUCAAUAAGUACAUGAGCUCAUACCAAGUCAUUAGGAAUGUAUGGAAUUUUUUUGUUACAACAGACUUACAAGAAGUUGGCUUGAGUUUGUCAGACUUUACACAACAAGAAACAUUUGAUGCCUUUAGAAAGUAUUAUGAGAUUGUGUGCUUAGAUAAGACAGGAUCCUACAACAUAACAUCUUUUUUGUCACUGGAGAUGUAUAAAACUAUCAAGAUUGAGUGCCAGACUGCAUUAAAAUAUUUAGAUGAAAAAAGGAGUGACAACUUUCAGCAACUUUUUCUAGUUAAGCAUCCAUUCUUCUUGCAAUAUGAUUCAGUUAUCACUUUGACACAAGCACUUGAUUAUGAUAAACUUGAUCAAAGUAUUGAGGAUAGAUGUUCAUAUGUUGGCUACAAAGGUCUUCUGAAUGUAAAACAUGUCCAGAAAGUACUGGCCAAGGCAUUGGAGAGUAGAGUACACAGUAUAGUGCCAAGGAUUGAAAUGGAGGGCGACUUAUUGAAGAAAGUACAAUUUGGUAUUAAAGUGAAUGGUGAUAAAGCCUUCAGUUUGCUGGAAAUGGGGCCCCAUUUGCACGAGUUUGCAGCUGCCGCCGAGUUCCGGAAGUUUUGGGACCGCUUAGCUACUGAUAGGCGCUUCAAGGAUGGCAGUGCUCGAGUUGCAGUGCACUUUAAAACAAAUACUAUCAAGGGUAAGAGGAAUAUUGUGAAGAAGAUCGUCGACUUUGUCUUCAAAGAUAAAUUACAUUUGAAGUAUUCUGUUCUAUACAAUGAAUUGGAGGACGUACUUGUGAGCAAGAAAAUGGUCCCUUGCUAUCCAAAUGGUACCAAUGAAGAAACUGUGCUCAAGAUCAUUCACGCCUCUGAUGAUCUAGGCAAGCUGCUCAGGGAGCUGAAGAUGUCCUUGAAGAUCACUGGUAUUCAAGGACUGUCACAUGGGUUCUGCUUUACUGAUGUUGCUCCACCAAUACCUGCUAACUAUCAGGUAGAAGAAGGCACAACAGUAAAAAUGAAAAAUAUCGUGUUCGCAAAUGAUAAUUUGCCAUCUACGCCGCGUUUCUGUGCGACUGUUGAAUCCGUUUUACAGUUGGAGCACAGUUCAAAAUGGCCAAACGAUCUAGAGGCAUUGCGACACUAUAAAACAGCUUUCUAUUUGGAGAUUGGGAGGAGUCUACAUAAGGAGCACGGACUGCUCACCAAUAUUACGACAGAAUUUAUCGAUGUUUUCCAUGAAGGAGUGGUAUUCAGAUACUUCCUGUACAUCCCCAAAGAGCUGGCGCUGAUGAAACGUACCAUGACAGAGUCAGGCCUGAAGUGUUGGAAGGCAUCUGCCCAGAGCGACCUCGUGGAGCGACGACUAGUGAUACUCCCUAAGAUUAUAGGAGCUUUAAAAGGGGUGCAAGCGGUACAUCCAAGCUUCGGCCCCGGUUGCUGCCUGGUCAAACGAUGGUUGAGGUCGCAGCUGAUUGAUGAUUUUCUAUUUCCGGACAUUGUUGUUGAUCUGGUCAAUGCUGCAUUGUUUCUCAACAGGAGCGGAGAGCAGAGUAACACACCGCAAAUUGCGUUUUUCAGAUUUUUGAAAUUCUUCAGCGACUUCGACUGGGAGUUGCAGCCUAUCGUGGCAAAUUUUAACGACGACAUUACCAAUGAUGAAGUGGCGACUAUCGAAGCUACGUUACAGCAAAAUCGUUCGGCAUAUCCGUCUCUGUACAUAAUAACACCAUACGAUCGAGGAUUGUCGGUAUUCACUAAGAAAACUCCUACUAGGGAAGUGCUUUUCAGAGUACGACAACUCGCUAGAGAGAGUCUGGGAUUUUUAAGAGGUUCUUUGGAUGCAGGAUCUUCUGUGAACAUUCAGCAGUUGUUCACACCCAACUUAGAAGGUUACAAUGUCUUGAUGCAUCUGAAUCCAGAAAUGAAUUCAAGAAGAUACGAGGAACUGGUAUUUGGUCAAGUCGAAGAUAGAAUCGUCAUCGAGAAGUAUAAAAAAUCGGAAGACGACAAAAUUCCUAUAGUUAAUUUUGAUUCUGUGAAGAAGUAUCUAGAUACUUUAAGGCAGAACUAUGGGAAAUACGUAACGUUUUUUCAUAAUACGCAUGGUGGCAAUGUAAUAGGAGUUCUUUGGAAUCCGAUCGCUUAUGAAAAGAAAGAUUUCAAGGUAUCCACUGUGAAUGCAGGCAAAUUGGUGCAAGAUAAAAUUGAAUUCAAUUUUGAUGCCGUGCUAGAGGAUUUUCACCUUCUUGGAAAAGGCAUUAUCAGCGGUUUUAGCAGACAAACAGAUCCAUAGGUAUUAUAUACUUUUAACAAUAAAAUUUUUUUUUGUUUA